AAAUCCUCAAACUCUCACACAAACAAACCGAGCAAGAGAAAAUCAAGCAGCUACCUGCCAUGGCCGCCAUGCUCGCUCGCCUCGCCGGCAAGCAGCAGCAGCUGCUGCUGCAGUACGCGCUCCGCCGCUCGCCGGCGCCGCCCGGCCGACGCCUCCCCGGCGUGGUUCGGGCCCUACCCCUACUUUGGUCUGCACCAUUCCUCGGCGGCAGCCGCCGCCUCAAGUCGUACAACGCGGCGGCUGGGGUUGCCGUGGGCGGUGACAAGGCCGCCGCCGACCACCACCACCGCCACGCCGUCGGAGCUGAUCUCGACGUCGGCGAGCUCGCCUCCGAGGAGCACUACUCCGCCGCCGGGACGUCGUCGUCGUCAUCCCGCGAGUACCACAGCGUUGCUCAAACGGUGGCGGCGGCUGAUGGCGACUUCGACGGCGGCGAGAAGAUGGCAACAAGGCCGGCGGCGAGAGGUGGCGGCGCCAAAGCAAGUGUACUACUGGGGUGGGGAGAGCCGGAGCCAGGAGGUGGCCCACACUACAAUUGAUCACAUAUAUAUAUUACCAUUAUAUUCGCAUAUCACUAGUUAUUAAUAACUGUGCUAAGUAUUUCGUCGUAGAUGUACGUAGUUUGCAGAACUAGUUGUAUCGGAUAUAUUCGAAUAAUUGAAUAUGUUGUGUAGUAAGUAUAUAUAUAUAUUAUCAGGUUAUCACCUGCCUGUAAAAAUGUUUCCUGUACCAGUGAUUAUACACAUAUGCAUGUGAGGACCUAUGCACCAAAGUUUGAAUAAAUGUAUGUGAUCAAAUUUUAAUUGA